AACAAACAAAACCUAUAAACAGCUACUUGUCUUUGUGUGUUGAUUAAUUGUAGUUAACAUGGCACGUCAGGCAGCUGAUCGUCUUGUUAAGAUUGGGCAGGAGGGUUUUGCAGCCAUUGAUGAGCACUUCGGCCGGGCCAAGAGGCGGCCACCAGUUAUGAAGGUUCCCUAUGCUCAUCCCACAUAUUACUAUGUUCCUGCAACAGAAGUUAUCGACAGCAACGAGGCAGCUCAACGCUACAAGGGGAGGGUUUAUCUCGAUUAUCCUAAGGGGAAACCAGUUCCAUUUUAAAGACCUAGUGAUUAAUCACUUAGCUUUCUUGUAUGCAUAACCUCCUCCAGUUGUGUUACCUUUAAGAAGACUUUAACACUGCAAUAUUAUGUAAUGCAACACACACUUUCUUAUUCAUCUGUUGUAACAUUUAUACAGUCUAGGAACCUUAAUUGCAGGA